GAGGAGCAGAGAAAACUGACGAACUAUAAAAGUACAGGCGACGUGAGUAACACAUUCAGGGAUUCUUAAAGUGUUAUUGUUGCUCGUCGGAAACGCGACUCGUUCAACGCGGUUUUUAUUUUAUUGUAUUUAUAUAUUCGUUAUUUGUGUACAUUUGAUUCUCGAUUCGUCACUCUAGAAACAUCGAUAUUUCUGUCAAACAUGUUUCCUGAGAGCAGCACUGGGUACAGCUUUGAGGACUGCCAGGCUACAGCUGACUGGCUUCUGACUCAGACUGCAUUGCGCCCUCUGGUGGGCAUAGUGUGCGGCUCAGGUUUGGGUGGCUUGGCAGACAUGCUGAAAGAUCAGGUGGCUUUUAACUACUGGGAAAUUCCCAACUUCCCCCAGAGUACAGUGCAUGGUCACGCAGGUCGGUUGGUCUUUGGUACUUUGAAGGGUAGACCAUGUGUCUGUAUGCAGGGGAGGUUUCAUCUCUAUGAGGGAUAUCCCAUCCAGAAGAUUACUAUGCCUAUGCGGAUAUUCAAACUGAUGGGUGUUGAGACAGUGAUUCUCACCAACGCUGCUGGUGGUCUGAACCAGGACUUUAAAGUGGGAGAUAUCAUGAUCAUCAAAGAUCAUCUCAACAUGCCUGGAUUUGCCGGAAACAACCCUCUUGCAGGACCCAAUGAUGAGAGGUUUGGGGUCCGUUUUCCCUGCAUGUCCGAUGCAUAUGAUCGGGACCUUCAGCAGCUAGCGAUGGACGUGGGUUCAGAGCUUGGUUACAGUGACUUUCUGAGAGAGGGUGUGUACUGUGUUCUUGGAGGACCGUCUUUCGAGACUAUCGCUGAGUGUCGCAUGUUGCACAAGCUGGGAGCUGAUGCUGUCGGUAUGAGCACCGUUCAUGAGGUGAUUGUGGCACGUCACUGCAACAUGCGGGUCUUUGCUCUGUCUUUGAUAACUAACAAGGCAGUGAUGGACUAUGACAGUGAGGAAAAGGCCAAUCAUGAAGAAGUUCUGCAGACGGGAAAACAGAGGGCAGAGCAGCUUGAAAGGCUGGUGUCCACCAUAGUCACCCGGCUAGAGCACAACAACAAUUACGCCCAAUACUGAUCUCAAAACGGAACCAUCAUCUAUCAUCACAGACCAAAGAAUGCUGUUCAUCUGUGAAUGAACAUAACUGAAAUGGUUUCUCAAACUGUUAUAGUCAGUUUGUUUUGGCUAACACUUAUUUAUAAAAUGUGUUGAUUCAUGUUUUAAAGUGCAACGAUGUUUUAAAGCUUUGCUUUCUUUGUUGUCUACAUAUUUUGUCCUUGUGUAUAUAAUCACAGUCUGCAGGAGAGUGCAUAUAUAUAUAAUACAUAUUUACAUUUUCUCUGAAUGCUGAAAUGUAGAAAACUGUAAAUGUUUAUUAUUAACUUAACACUUACCAUUCAUACUUUCAUCUUAAUUUAAAAUGAGUUUGAAUUGUCUGUAAAAUUUUGAUUGCUUUAUAGCUUUGGCAGUAGAUGUACAGUAAAUGUCUAUCUUGUGUUUUUUAACAUUAAUAUUAAAUUUGUUUUAUUUAUUA